AGAGAUGUUUUUUUCAUUCACCACUCAACAGUCUCUUUCUCCCUCUAAAGGUCGCUACGAUGAUGGCUUCAACCUUCCAAGAAAACUGUAUUUCAGUAAUCAACGGAGCUCCGAGUAAGGCUGUCUUCUUCCUUUUUGACCUUCUCGACAAUUUUCUCUGCAUCGUUUUCAGAUUCCUCGACCAAGUUAUGGAAGAAAAACUAGAGUCCUGCCAAUGCAACAACCCUCAAGAGACAGCAGAGUUCUCCGGAUACGAGUUUCUUCAAGACCACCAACACUUGUCCGAGACUCUUUACCGUAGGAGAAACGUUUUCCGAGAAGCUGGUUUUCUCCGGUUUGCGAGAAAACUCCCUGAGAUCACCAAGAAAAUUGAGAAACCGAAGAAAGUCCCUCGUGAGGUUGCAAACCGGUGGUCUGAUUGUGGUUGCAAGAAUUGUGUUUCUUGGACUAACAGCGAUAAACUUAACGUGAUCGUCAAGCAACCUUCAGUAUCUCCGGAUUUAUUGAUGAGCAACAAACCGAUAGAGAGCGUUAUAUUCAUACACGGUAUCUUAGCAUCUUCAUCGUAUUGGACCAACACAGUGUUCAAAUAUCUACCCGAGACCACCGAGAAAACUAACUACAGAUUCUUCGCGGUCGAUCUUCUAGGGUUUGGAGACAGUCCAAAACCUAGAGACUGUCGGUAUACGUUGAAAGAACAUGUUGAAAUGGUCGAGAAAUCGGUUAUUUUACCAUACAAUUUGACUUCAUUCCAUGUUGUAGCACACUCCAUGGGAAGCAUCGUUGCAGUAGCCUUAGCUGCCAAAUUCUCCGGCAGUGUCAAGUCCGUCGCCUUAGUAGCUCCGCCGUACUUUGGUGAUAAAGAAGGAGCAAGUUGUGAUGCUCUUGAUGUGAUCGCCGAGAAGAAACUCUGGCCACCGACUUCGUUUUUCUCAGCGAUGAUGGUUUGGUACGAACACAUUGCACGUGGUGUUUGUUUCAUUGUUUGUAAGCACCACCGCACAUGGGAGAAGAUCAUCAAAAUUAUAACUUGGAGAAGUAAAGUACCAAUGGCGGUAACCGAACUGACCAAGCACACGCAUCAGUCAUCGUGGCACAGCAUGCAUAAUGUGUUAUGCGGUGGAGCGAAAUUCACGGAUAAACACCUAGAAAGUUUGAUAAACUCUGGUGUUAAAAUCAGUGUGGUGCAUGGGGACAAAGAUGCUGCCGUUCCUAUUGAUUGUCUAUGGAACAUGAAAGCCAAGUUUCCCGAGGUUGAAGUUGAGGUUAUCGCCGGAACUGAUCAUAGUUCGGUGAUAAUGAGUAGAAAAGAGGUCUUUGUUGCAAAUCUUGUAAGCUUGUGGGCUUCUUCCGGAAAGAAACAAAACUAGCAGGAAGUAUCUAAAACAUUUAAAAUUUAUAAUAAAGUCUUCAAGCAUUUAAAAUUUAUAAUAAAUU